CAAUCGUUACCCGGAGGAAAUCAGGCCCGGGGUGGGGCGCGUUCCUGGCUGCCUCCAUGCACUCUGACUGCACUAGGGUGUCCCGUAGGUCACCCAGCUGGGUCUUCUCGCCAGAGACACUCAGGUCUGAGCCGGCUGCCGUGGCUACAGCUUGGCCUGGGCCUCCAGUAGAGAAGCUGAAGGGAACGAGGCGGGCGGCAAAGACUCCUCAGAGCCCGGCUCCGGGCUGGACGCUGUGUUUUCCGAACUGCGGCUGGACUGCCUGGGACUCUGACACCUACCGCUCUCGGCUUUCCUGGGGACCUCUUCCUGAGGGCGUGCUGAGACAUGGAGGGCGCAGACCUGGCGGUGAAGCUCCUGUCCACCUGGCUGACGCUGGUGGGCGGCCUCAUCCUUUUACCCUCGGCCUUCGGAUUAUCCCUGGGUAUCUCGGAGAUCUACAUGAAGAUCCUGGUGAAAACCUUGGAGUGGGCCACAUUACGAAUUCAGAAAGGAGCCCCCAAGGAGUCAGCUCUUAAAAACUCAGCUUCUGUGGGUAUUAUCCAAAGAGAUGAGUCACCCAUGGAGAAAGGGCUCUCUGGUCUUCGAGGAAGGGACUUCGAGCUCUCUGAUGUGUUCUAUUUCUCCAAGAAGGGGUUGGAAGCCAUUGUGGAGGAUGAAGUGACCCAGAGGUUCUCCUCCGAAGAGCUAGUAUCAUGGAACCUCCUCACACGAACCAAUGUCAACUUUCAGUACAUCAGUCCAAGGCUCACCAUGGUGUGGGUGCUGGGUGUCCUAGUGCGCUAUUGCUUCCUGCUACCUCUGAGGGUCACCCUGGCUUUCAUUGGGAUCAGCUUGCUGAUUAUAGGAACUACACUGGUUGGCCAGCUUCCAGACAGCAGCCUCAAAAACUGGCUGAGUGAGCUGGUGCAUCUGACCUGCUGCAGGAUCUGUGUUCGGUCCCUAUCUGGCACCAUCCAUUACCAUAACAAGCAGUACAGACCCCAGAAGGGAGGUAUCUGUGUCGCCAAUCACACCUCUCCCAUUGAUGUCCUAAUCCUGGCCACCGAUGGAUGUUACGCCAUGGUUGGGCAGGUUCACGGUGGAUUGAUGGGGAUCAUUCAGAGAGCCAUGGUUAAGGCUUGUCCUCACGUCUGGUUUGAGCGCUCAGAAAUAAAGGACAGACAUCUAGUGACUAAGAGAUUAAAAGAACACAUUGCUGACAAGAAAAAGUUACCCAUUCUAAUCUUCCCAGAAGGUACUUGCAUCAACAAUACUUCAGUCAUGAUGUUUAAAAAGGGAAGCUUUGAAAUCGGAGGAACCAUCUAUCCAGUGGCCAUAAAGUAUAACCCCCAGUUCGGCGAUGCCUUCUGGAACAGUAGUAAAUACAACUUGGUGAGCUACCUGCUUCGAAUCAUGACCAGCUGGGCCAUUGUCUGCGACGUGUGGUACAUGCCUCCCAUGACUAGAGAGGAAGGAGAAGACGCAGUUCAGUUUGCAAACAGGGUAAAAUCCGCUAUCGCUGUACAAGGAGGGCUGACGGAACUUCCCUGGGAUGGAGGGCUGAAGAGAGCAAAGGUGAAGGACACCUUCAAGGAAGAACAACAGAAGAAUUACAGCAAGAUGAUCGUGGGCAACGGAUCUCCCAACCUGGCGAGGGACUGAAGCAUCGUGGAUAAACAUGGCUUCGCAGAACUGGCCUUCAGAAGUGAAAGAUGAUGAUGUUGUUUUGUUGUGUUGUUUUUUUGCUUGUUUGUUUAUUGUUCAUUUUUUUUUCUACUUGAUUUUGUCUCUAUCCUCAUGCCAGAAGCUGAACCUGCAACAGGUGUCCUUUUUGAUGUUUUCGUUCUUGUGUUGGCUCAAGGAAUUGUAAGGCCCGUUCUUGAGUGGAAACAGACUUUUAUAAAAUGAUGAUGUUGAUGGUGAUUGAAUGAAAUCUUUGUAUGGAGAAAAAGUGCUUCUAGAAUAUGUUUGGAAUUUGUUAAUAAGAUACUUCUCAACAAUGACUCCAAACUCUGUAAUUUGAUUUCCCUUUCUUUAAUCUUUUUUUAUUUUUAUUUUUAUUAUUAUUGUUAUUUUUUAAAGACAUGGUUUUAUUUAUGUAGCCCAGGCUGGCCUCAAACUCACUUUGUAGCCAAGACUGGCUAAGAACUGACUAUUCUGGCUCCACUUCCCACGUGCUAGGAUUACAGGCAGGUGCUUCCACACCUAGGUGUGACUUCAGUAACAUACCAGGUGAGGUCAUCACACCAUAGUGCAUUUCCAUUAUGGUUACAUUCUGCUCUCAGGUUGAAAGAAAAAUGGGGGAUUAUUUUUAGUGAAAGAACAAAUUUGUGGUUAUCUGAUCUGAAAGGAAUGGAAUGGAGAUUAUUUUUUUCUCAGGCCUUGGAGGACCAGGACCGGUUGCUGGCUGGUCAGAUUCAUUUAAGAACCAGGAUGAGUGGUGUUCAUUCCCACAACACAUCUCAUUCAGCUGCAGUGGAGAAAGCACUGUUAGCUUUUCUUGUUUGUAUGCUAAAGAUUUCUUUUGUCUUAUGAUUGUUGUUUUGUUUUGUUUGUUUGUUUUGUAACAAAAUGAAAUUGUCCAAGGGAAGGAGCCUUUAAAACAAAAGAACCACACUUUCUGCAGGAUACAAGUGUGAGCUAUGCGGAGCUUGCCUCCUGUCCACCCUGCCCCCAACUUCUCUGUAGUGGUUUAGCCCCAAACUCCCCAGCCUUGUCAGCAGAAAACUAAAUGGUAUAACUACCUUUUGGAAAACUGAGCCUUAACAUUUUUUAAAGGGGAAACAAGAGUUCUCUGAGUCCAAUAGCAUGAGCUAUAUUUGAUAGUGAUCUAUUUAAUACUGCUGUGAGCUCUUGAGGCUGUUAGCUCCGGAGCAACCCUGUGUAGAAAGUGAACUGUCUUACUGACUAUGAAUAAAUUUUAUAUUUUUAAAUGA